CCAGCAUGCUGAGGAGCCAGCCUGGGGACUGAAUUUCCGCCUUGCAAUUGGACUACAUUUCCCAGAAGCUCAGUGGGCGGGUUGAGGACCCAUGUGCAAGGUGAUAGGCGGAGGCCCUACCGAACUGCAGAGGGGGACUUAAGGGCCGCUCCAUUUACAGAUACUACAGCUCCGGGAUUCGUUGGCAAGCCGAGGCAGGAAGGGCCUCGUUUUUCUCUGUCUGUGGAGCUGACAAGGAAAGCUUCUGAGUAUCACUGGUGAGAUUUCUCACAGCCUCCAGCUAUGCGUCUUUCUGCCCUGCUGGCCUUGGCCUCCAAGGUCACACUGCCUCCCCACCACCGCUAUGGAAUGAACCGCCCAGGCUCCCUGGGAGAUAAGAGGAUGAACCGCCCAGGGGUCCGGCGCCGUCCAGUAGUUGUGGAACCCAUCUCUGAUGAAGAUUGGCACCUGUUCUGUGGGGACAUGGUGGAGAUCCUAGAAGGCAAGGAUGCUGGGAAACAGGGCAAAGUGGUUCAAGUCAUCCGGCAACGAAACUGGGUGGUCCUGGAGGGGCUGAACACACAUUUCCGCUACAUUGGCAGGACCAAGGAUUCUCCCGGAACCAUGAUUCCUAGUGAAGCCCCCUUACUCCACAACCAGGUCAAACUUCUGGAUCCUAUGGACAGGAAACCCACUGAGAUUGAGUGGAGAUUCACUGAGGGAGGAGAGCGAGUUCGAGUCUCUACAAGAUCAGGAAGAAUUAUCCCCAAACCUGAAUUUCCUAGACCUGAUGGCAUCAUCCCUGAAACAUGGAUUGAUGGCCCCAAAGACACAUCUGUGGACGAUGCCCUAGAAAGAACGUAUGUGCCUCGUCUAAAGACACUGGAGGAAGAGGUGAUGGAGGCAAUGGGGAUCCAGGAAACCAGGAGACACAAGAAAGUCUACUGGUAUUGAGCCUGAAACAGCAGCUUCUCCCUUGUCGUAGCUGUGAAGGUAGAGGGACCUGUUCCUCAGAUAUUAAUAAAGUGCUUCGAGUCCUCC